GCGUCAUGACGUCACGACGUCACGCACAAGGGGCCGGGUUUGCUCCGCCCACGAGGCCGGGCCUGAGGCGACCUCGGGUGUCCGCCAUUGACGUGAGGCCUGCGGCCGGAAGCUGAGUAUGUUCCCAUUUCAGGGAAUUGGAAACCACCAUCAAAAUGACGCUCCAUGAGUUGGUGCAACAGACAGCCGUGCUGCAUUCAGACCGGCCAGCCGUCUGUUUCGACCAGUGCAAUGACCAUCUUCCCGUGUAUUUCACGUAUAAGACAGUCGUCGAAGUGGCCACGGAACUCACCGGGUUUCUGCAGACGCACUGUGACCCCCAGGAGACACGUGAAAUCGGCCUCUGUUGCUACCCUGGAAUAAGGCUGCCUUCUUGGAUUUUGGGAAUUCUCCAAGUCCCUGCUGCUUACUGUCCGAUUGACCCAGAUGCCCCAGCAGUGUACUCUGCAUAUUUUAUGAGAAAAUGUAACCUGAAGUACGUCCUCGUGGAAACCAGCCAAGUGGAUAAGUUCCAGUCUUCCUUCGCAACUUGGUGGAGCCAACAUACGAUACCAGGGGGCCACCUCGGCCUGACGCUCUUCAAACUUCACUGGAACGGCGUCGACGUGGACCUCCCGACCAGAGACAGCAAAGAGGAAUGCGCAGAGGGAAAAACGAGGGAUGCUGGGAGUUUUCCGAACGGGUCCGGAGGAGGUCCAGGAGCAAGCAUGGAUGCCAGGGCGCCUCGUUGCCUGGCUUACGUUCUGCAUACGUCCGGGACGACGGGUGUCCCCAAGAUAGUCAGAGUGCCGCACUGCUGCAUAACGCCAAACAUCCAGCAUUUCCGAGCCAUUUUUCAAGUGAGGCCAGGCGACGUUUUGUUCAUGGCGUCUCCCCUGACCUUUGACCCAUCGGUCGUGGAUCUGUUCGUCGCUCUGACCAGCGGCGCAUCCCUGCUGAUCAUCCCCGACGCCGUUAAAGUGGUCCCGUCCCAACUCGCCGCAGCCCUCUUUCAUCGACACAGGGUCACGGUCCUCCAGGCCACCCCAACGUUGCUGAGGAGAUUCGGGGCUCAGCUUCUGAAAUCGACUGUGCUGUCGUCUGGCAGUCCCCUCCGGGUCCUGGCCCUGGGCGGAGAACCCUUCCCCUCCCUGGCCACCUUCCGGUCCUGGCGAGCCGAGGGCAACGGGACGCAAGUGUUCAAUGUCUACGGCAUCACCGAAGUGUCCAGCUGGGCCACGUGCUACAGGAUCCCAGCGGCCGACCUGGACCCCUCUUUGAGCUCGGAGAGUCCUGUGCCCCUGGGAGCCCCGCUGCUUGGGACAAUCAUCGAAGUCAGGGACCAAGACGGAUGUCUAGUUGAAGAUGGCGACGGCCAAGUCUUUAUAGGUGGUGAAGAGCGGGUGUGCUUCCUCGACGACGAAACCACAGUGCCCUUGGGCACCAUGCGAGGCACGGGGGACCUCGUGACCGUGAAGGGGAAGGACAUGUUUUUCUUGGGCCGAAAGGAUAGUCAGAUUAAACGCCACGGCAAGCGCCUCAACCUUGAGGGAGUGCAACAGGCCGCCGAGCGCCUCUGUGGAGCGGAAGCCUGCGCGGUGACGUGGGGGCCCCGGGAAGGGCUGCUUCUCUUCGUGGUGCCCUCAGAUGGUCUGACCAAGGAGCAGCUCCUGGGGCAACUGGAAAGACACCUUCCGAGUCACGCGGUCCCCGACGACCUGGUGUUUGUCGAGGCCCUGCCGUUCACCUCCCACGGCAAAAUUGACAGGCCUGCAUUGACCAAGAUGUACUGGAGCCACCGAAAACUGAAUCGUGCCUGCAGGCUCCGGGGAGAAGAGCAACUCUGGGAAAGGUUGCAGGAUUUAUGGACGUCCGUCCUGAGCCCUGGAGGAGACCCUCGAGGAGUUCCCAAGGACGCGCUGUUCCUCAGCAGCGGGGGGGACUCCUUCAAGUGUCUGCGGUUCCUGGAGGAGGUGGAAGGCCUGGUGGGCACGGCUGUUCCCGGGCUGCUGGAAGUGAUCCUCAGCUGCCCCAUCUCGGAAAUCCACAGCCACGUCCUCCGGGCGGUGUUCCCCAGCGCCAAGGGGAUGAGGAAGCGCCGGCGAGGGGAGCACUUGGGCCCGGAGGCCGGUGAUGCCGACCCGGGGCCGGAGCCCGGGAGGCCCGGCGAUACCGACCCGGAGCCGGCCGCCUUCGCGGCCGUGAGCCGCGGGAGCCAAGGCCCGGAGCUCAGCGCGCCCAGCCGGGGACCCGCGGGCCAGCGGGCCGGGCCGGGGGCCCUGACGCUGCGGGUCCGGUGGCGGUCGGACACGGGGCGGUGCGUGGACGCCUCCCCGCUCGUGGUGGUGGCAACGGCCCCCGGGACGGCCCCCUCAGCCACCGUGUACGUGGGCUCCCACUCGGGCCGGCUGCAGGCCCUGGACCUUGGCUCCGGCCGGCUUAAGUGGGAGCGGGUCCUCGGCGACCGCAUCGAGUCCUCCGCCUGCCUGUCCCGCUGCGGACGCUUCGUCGCCGUCGGCUGCUACGACGGCUUCGUGUACGCGCUCCGGAGCGCCACGGGGGAAACCCACUGGCGUUUCGCCACCCGGGACGCCGUGAAAAGCUCCGCAGCUCAGGAUCCUUCCACGGGGCUCUUCUACGUGGGCUCUCACGACCAGCACGUGUACGCCCUGGACCUAUACGAGCGGAAGCGCGUCUGGGAGCUGCACUGCGGAGGAGGAGCCGUGUUUGCGUCCCCGUGCCUGAGCCUGGCUCCGUACUGCCUCUACGUCGCUACGCUGGGAGGACUCUUGGUGGCCAUAAAUCCGGCGAGCGGGCACGGCGUUUGGAAGCACUCGUGCGGAAAGCCCCUCUUCUCCUCGCCCCGGUGCUGCCCGCCGGGGGUCUGCGUUGGCUGCGUGGACGGGAAUCUCUACUGUUUCAACCACGCUGGAGAACAGGUGUGGCAGCUGUCCACGGGCGGGCCCAUCUUCUCGUCCCCCUGCGUCUGGGCGGCGGACGAACGGAACCUCUUCCUCGGCUCCCACGACGGCUGCGUCUACUGCUGCGACCCGGAAGGCCGCCAGCGGUGGAAGUUCACAGCCUCGGCCCCGGUGUACGCCACCCCGUUCGCCUUCCGGAGCCCUCGCCCACCCGGCGAGACCUUGGUAGCCGCGGCCUCCACGGAUGGGUGGCUGUGGGUGCUGGACGCUCAGAGCGGACGGGCGCGGGCCACGGCGGAGCUACCCGGGCAAGUCUUCUCUUCUCCCGUGGUCUGGGACGCGCUCCUUGUCAUCGGCUGCAGAGAUGACGGCGUGUACGGGCUUGAGCUGGUACCAGCCUCGUAGCCUCCAAAGCCGGAGCCGUCAGCCUGGCGCCGGGGCCUCCUGCACCCCGAUGGAUCUCCGCCACCCCCGGGCCCCAUACGAUCAAACCUGCGCGCCGAGGGAAACUGGGAAACAAAGGUGCCGAGUCCACCUGUGACAGUCAUCCCCAAACAGCUGGGCUCGUCACUUGGCCGCCUCUCACCCCGUCGAAAUCUCCGUCCAACCUUCCC